CCUUUUCGAUUGGCGGCGCGAUCGACGCGAAGCCGGCCAGCCUACUCACGCGUCGAUGCACGCUUUCUACAAGACGAUGGGAGAGGCGAGAGGCUAGAGGCGACCGCAGUGCAAUCGGGGCUGCAGCAGCGCAAUGUUGAUUCUGUGGGUUCCGCUCACUUUGCUCUUCGGCUUCAUCGUGUCGCACACGUGGAGCACCAAGCGGGCGUCGGAGUUGGGCAAAGCGCCGUCGCCGCCGCACAUCGUCUUUAUCUUGGCGGACGAUCAGGGCUUCCGGGACGUGGGCUACCACGGCUCCGAGAUCAAGACGCCCACCCUCGACCGACUGGCUGCACGGGGAGUCAAGCUGGACAACUACUACGUGCAGCCGCUGUGCAGCCCAUCCAGGAGCCAGCUCAUGACCGGCAGGUACCAGAUCCACACGGGGCUCCAGCACUCGGUGAUCCGAGCCAGCCAGCCCAACUGCCUCCCCCUGGACCAGGCCACCCUGCCGCAGAAGCUGAAGCAGGUGGGCUACUCCACGCACAUGGUGGGCAAGUGGCACCUGGGCUUCUACAAACGCGGCUGUCUGCCCACCCGGCGUGGCUUCGACACCUUCUUUGGCUCGCUGCUGGGAAGCGGCGACUACUACAGCCGCUACAAGUGCGACGGUCCCGGCGCGUGCGGCUACGACCUGCACCAGGGCGAAGAGGCCGCCUGGGAGCAGGACCGCGGCUCGUACUCCACGCUGAUGUACACGCAAAAGGCCAUCGCGAUCUUGGCCCGGCACGACCCCGGCGAGCCCUUGUUCCUCUACCUGGCCUACCAGGCGGCGCAUUCGCCGCUGCAGGUCCCGGCCGGCUACCUGGAGCGCUACGCGGGCAUCGUCAACCCCCGGCGCCGCAAAUACGCCGCCAUGGUCUCGUGCCUGGACGAAGCCGUGCGCAAUCUGACCCUGGCCCUCAAACGCUACCGUUUCUACCACAACACGGUCCUGGUGUACUCGUCGGACAACGGGGGGCAACCUCUGGUGGGGGGCAGCAACUGGCCCCUGCGGGGGAGCAAGGCCACGCUGUGGGAAGGGGGCAUCCGGGCGCCGGGCUUCGUCCACAGCCCCCUGCUGGCAAACAAGGGCACCCGGUGUCGCUCGCUGGUGCACAUCACCGACUGGUUCCCCACGUUGGUGACCCUGGGCCAGGGCACCCUGGAAGAGGACCUGCAGCUGGACGGCUACGACGUCUGGGAAGCCAUCAGCGAAGGGCGCCCGUCGCCCCGCCGGGACAUCCUCCACAACAUCGACCCGCUUUACGUCAAGGCCAAAAAUGGCUCGUGGAAGGCCGGCCACGGCCUGUGGAACACGGCCGUGAGGGCGGCGCUGCGGGUGGGCCACUGGAAGCUGCUGACGGGGGUCCCCGGUUACGGCGACUGGGUGCCACCGCAGACCUUCAACCCACAGCGGCUGAGCCUGCGUCAGCACAGCGAACGCGUCCGCCGGGACCGCGGCAAGUCCCUGUGGCUGUUCAACAUCAGCUCGGACCCCUACGAGCGGGUGGAUUUGUCGCAGCGCUACCCGGACGUGGUCAAGAAGAUGCUGAUGCGGCUCGCCCAGUACAACAAGACGGCAGUGCGUGUGCGCUACCCGCCCAAGGACCCGCGCUCCAACCCGCAGUACAACGGCGGCGUGUGGGGCCCCUGGUACGAGGAGCCGCACGGGGGCCGUCCGCUGACCAACCAUCUGAGCGGCAGAGGCGACGGUGAAAAAGGGACUUCAAGCAACCCCUGAGGAAAUAAAGUCGCUUCUGGAACUCCGGCUUUGUCUGGCCACGGCGCCGUCCGUCCAUCCUUCCUUCCCAGGGCAUCUGGAAUGUGACAGGCAGGUGGGGCGCUUUAGAUGCAUAUGUCCAGCUGGCGCCCAGCCCCAUUCCGUCUGCCUGGCCACAGGCUCCUCCCACCCACAUCCUGUUUGACAUUUGGGAUGGGUGGUGGCGUCCCACCCUUCGCCCCUCCCCCCACCUUAUAUUAAAGGAUAUAGAAUAUUAAAAAGAGAGUCAGACAUAGUGACACAAAAGUCACAAUCAAAACGUUUGUGUAGAAAAAAGUUGAUGAAAGUUGAGAAUCAUUGUGAAAGAGUCUGCAUUUACGAUUGGGGGGGGGGGGGGAGGUUAAAAUGGACCAUUUGGAAUGGGAAAGAAGGUGGAAAGGAGGCAAAAUGCAGGCGGCCAGCACAUAUGGAGAGUUGCUAUUUGCAAAGUAAAGUCCAAAGCACAUCUUUGCGCAAGCACCAGUCCAAAGGGACACUUUGAAAGCAACAGUACAUCUUUGUGCAAGCACCAGUCCAAAGGGACACUUUGAAAGCAACGUUCCCAAAAAAACAGAGAGACAAAGGUGGAGUCCACCUCAAUCCUGCCUGCCUGCCUGCCUGCCUGCCAGGGGAGAAAAGAUCUGAUCCGGCGACAAUGCUUUGGCAUCUUUGUGUGGCUUUGCUCUCCCUGGGGGGGAUCGGAAGCAGCCCGGUGAGUGUCCAAUGGGCCGCAAACAGCAGUCAGCCCGUUACAGCCCGCCAGCAGGAAAUCAUCCAAGCCACUGUCAAGCUGCUGAGCGCCGUUGCCAGCGGAGAUUACGACACGUACCGGGAAAUGUCCCAUCCGGCUCUCUCCAGCUUCGAGCCCGAAAGCCUGGGCGUCCUGGUGCGCGGCUUGGAGUUCCAUCGCUUCCUCAUGCAGAACAACGGGGCGCCCGGACGUGCUGGUCACACGGUAGUGGUGGAGCCCCUGGUGCACAUGCUGAGCGAGGACGCCGCCUGCAUCGCCUACGUGCGCCUCACCCUGACGCCGGGCCGGCGCGCCAAGGCGGAGGAGACGCGCAUCUGGCGCCGAGGCGGCGACGGCACCUGGCGCCACGUCCACUUCCAUAGGAGCGUCUCGGUCGCUCCGCACACAAACUGACACAAAGUCCGUCCCCCAAAUGACGACGCUGACCUCAUUUGUCCCCAAAAUGAUGACUCCACUAGCCACGCCCACAACCUAGUUGGGAAUUUAUUUGCAAACACAAUCGUCAAAGACAUUGGGCAGGCUGCUCGGCACACACACACAUACACACCUCAACAAAUUCUCUGUCAUACACUCUCGCUCAUUCUCACACGGAGUAGUCGCCAUACACAGUAGCUGGAAAUGAAUAAAGGUGCAUCUCCUGAA